AUGGUAAACCCCAACGCUGCACCACUGGAAAUCGGCAAUGAUACCCAGCGCUCUGGGCUCUGGUUACUGCCGGUUUACGUGAACCACUCGUGCUUGCCGAACGUUCAGAGGUUGAUUGUGCUGGACUGCCUCUUCCUACGUGCCGGACGGGACCUGAAAGCCGGAGAGGAGCUGUUCGACAGCUAUGCAGAGACGUUGCAGCCCUUCUACCGAAGGCGUGAAGCAUUGGCGACCUACGGUUUUCAUUGCUGCUGCGAGAGAUGCAACUUCGAAGAGGCAGUCUUCGGCCAGCAGCGAAAGGCUGCAGAAGACAUUCUGGAGAAGGCCGCAGAAGCCGCACAAGGAGCAGAGGGAGCCGAAUUAGCCGAACGCCUGGAGGCGAUUGCAAACGGCGCCGAGGUGUUUGCAGCCAAAGAGCUCGAAACUGCGCUGCAGGAAGCAGGUCGGUUGGCUACUUUGCAGAUGUCGGUGUACGAGUUGCCAUCUACUCCUCUCUCGGCGCAGCGGAUGGCGCUACUUCGCGACGGCUUCGAGCAGUGUGUGGAUGAUGCGGAGAAGAGAUGUUUCGAACAGCAGGACAAGCUGCAGGCUCUCCUUCUGGGAAGCCUGGCCAACGUGCUGCGUGGCUUCGCGCUGAGCCUCCGAGGCCUGAACCGCUAUGUGGAGGCGGCGGCUGCCUGGUGCAGGGUCUUGGAUGCUCUGGAGCAGGUGAUUCCGGGCUCCGAGCUCACUGCAAUUGUCGCCAACGACAUGUUGAGCAACAAGCUGUUGGCUUUCCACUUGGACUAUCACAAGGCCGCUCAAAAGGAGCUUCGCCGGGCGCUUCUGCGAAGCCACCAGGCCUAUGGCGGAGGGGUGGAGACCUGGAGAUUCUUCACCUCGAAACUCUUUGCAGACUCGGUCUUAGACGGUGGCACGGCAACGUGGACAGCCAUGCAAAAGGAGCAAUCGCAGCUUGCGCGUGGCUGCCGUGAGCAAGGCUACAGCUCAAAGGAAGUCACUGUCGCGGCAGUGGAAGUACGCAAGGAGGAGAAGCCAGGUUUCGAGGAGUUGCUGCGCAAGCAAGCUGCACGAAGGACGCAGGAGAAGGUUGGAAGCCGCCAUGGGCAGAACACGAAGAACGCUGUAGUGCCAGGUGCCAAAGCUGCACCGACACUGAGCAGGAGCCAUCAGAAGCCGGAACAGGAGGAGCUUUCGAGCAAAAGCACUCAAGGGCAAGGACCGCAAGGAGAAGGCGAUGCUGCGAGCUGCUCCGUGACAUCCGAGACAGAUUCGGCAGGGCUCGAGAUCAUUAAAGUGGUGGUCCACCUUCCGGGGCUAAGCUCAGCCGCAGAAGCUUCCCUGGAGGUCUCGCCGACUGAACUCAAGGUCGCCAGCUUGAGGCCUGACCUGCCUCACCGCAUCUGUGCGGUGCUCCCCACAGAAGUGGAGACCUCGAGCAGCACGGCCAAAUGGUCGCGACGGUCGCAGCAGCUCACGGUCCAGCUCAGGGCACUGCGGGACACUGCGGGCCCUUGA